AUGACCGUGUGGAAGAAGCAGAUGGUGGACGCUGGCGUGUCUGAGAAGAUGGCGGAUUUGGUGGUGAAGCUUGGUUACGACUCCGAGGAGCUGUUUUGUGGCGCAUUUGUGGAUCAAGCAGCGUUUGAGUCUUGGCUGGUGAAGCUGCGGAGCAAGGCGGGGGAUACCGAGUUGGAGCGUUUAGAUGACGUUGAGUGGGCCACACACCCUGUUGCAGCCAGACUGCGUGUCUUUUGGAAGAAAUGCCAAAAGCUUCCUCUGCUAGCACUUCAGCCACGGGGUCCAGACGGGGGUGUCUCGACUGCUUCACUUGCUUUGAUGCCAGUGCAAAGUGCCUCCCGAUUGACUCCCAGCGAUCGGGAAAGACUUCGGCGAAAACUCGAAGCAGACUACACCUCCGUGGUGGUGACUGCCGAGACGAUGCCGGCCCUAUGCUACCUGCAAGCCAUCCAUCAGCAGAAACAGGAUAAGCUCUGGGAGUGGUUGCCUUGGCGGCGCAUCUUGAGUGAGGAACAGCUCUUGGAGGUAAAGGCACGGCGCAGCCGCGCCACUCCCGACUCCCAACCGGAUGAGUGGGACCUUGACUUGGUUGGGGCUGCCUUGCGGGUGCAGCACACUUUGGAGACCAGGGCGCAUGCCUUUGCUAUGGUAGAUGCCUGUCAUUUACACUCUUGGACUGUGUACGUCAAGAAGUUUAUGCACCUGUAUGCCAAGAAGCCGAUGGAGAACUUUCGCCCCCCCACUGUUCUGGAGGCAGAAGCUGCUGACCGCUCCGUAUUGGAGGAGGUGUUCCAGUUGUGCUUCUCGGGUCAUUCCUUGAGCGAUGCUUUAGCGCACGUGGUGGUAGACAGAGAUAUGUUGCGUCAUGUUUUGGUGGAGCGCCCUAAAGCCGGCAAGGUGGAAAAGGUACCGCUGCCCCCAUCACCAUUGCCGCCUCUUCCCCGCCGUCCAGGGCUUGGCAAUGGCAAGCGUCGCCCGUCCGAGGCGCCUCGAGCGCCGGGCAAGCGCUUGCGAAAUGGCGAGUGCUGGGAUUGGGUUGAUGGAAAGUGCUCCUCGAAGAUGUGUCGGUUCAAACACGAGUGCGCCGUGUGCGGGGACAAGUCGCACCAUGCAGCGGUGUUCAUGGGUGCAUCGCACCGCCGUCAUACCCUGACGGAAAGCACACUGCGGAAAGCGAGUAGUCGGUUCCGUUUGAAGGAUGGUGGCGGCGUUUGGUCAGAUGCGGAUUGGAUGUCCCCGCGCAGUUCCGACUUCUUGUGGGAGUUGCGACGGUUUUGGAUGGAGCGCAUUGCGGAGUGGGGCCUGGUCCCCCGCUUGUUGGCCCAUGUGACCCAAGCAGAGCCGCUUCCUCUGCUGCGUGACGAUGAGGUAGAUGUCCUUCGGCAGGACGUUGUGGCCUUUCUGAGAAGCAGAGGUUGGCAGUGCACUGCUCGCGUUGCGGAAGGCCAGCCUUUUACGCUUGGCAUCUGGGACGCAUUGCUUGGGUAUCUGCAGGAUUGCGAUGCCGACUUGCCAGACAUAUUACAAAAGGGGGUGCCUACAGGUAUCCUGUCGGAUAUCCCUGCUUCGGGAGUGUGGCAUCCCGUAGACCGGCCUGAGCGACCUUGCCUGGAAUUGUUGGUGCAUGAUGAGCCCUGGGCCUCUGCCACGGAUGAUUCAGACUGUCUUAUGCGUCUGGUCCAAGCCGACAUCGAUGCCGGGUUCGCAGAAUGGCUGCCGGGCGGCUUUCCGGAAGCAAAAGCGCGGUUUGGUGCCAAGUGCGCGGCAGGCAAGUUGGGCGUUGUGAAAAAGGAGGGUUCGGAUCCGCGACUUGUUGGCGACAGUUCUGUCUCCAAUGCGAACCUGCUGUGCCGUAUUCUGGAGAAAGUCGAGCUGCCCUCACUCUUUGACGUGUCCGAGUUCCUGUCUCGGUACCAAGAUGAGGCCUGGACGGCCUUCUCGUUGGAUGUGGCUAAGGCUCAUAAGCGGAUCAGGAUCGAUCCGGCCGAACGAGGGUUUUCAAUUUUUGUGGCAGUUGACAAGCAGGGCCGCAAGCACUGGUUCGUGUAUAACACGGCGCAUUUUGGGGCUUCCUGGGCGGGCUAUUGGUGGGCCCGUGCGGCUGGCGCUUUUGUGCGCUGCGCACAUGUUCUUCUUCAUGACAGUCAUUUUUUGGUUAUAUAUGUUGAUGACCUCUUGGCGUUGUUUCCUCGACAUCGAGCGCCGUUCUUGGCUUGUCUGUGCAUCAUGCUGGCGACGUCCAUGGGAGUUCCAAUCUCCUGGAGAAAGUUGCAGCUGGCAGACUCGCUGCGGUGGAUCGGCUGGGAUAUCUGCCUGGGGAGGCGGCCAGUGGCUACGCUACCUUUGGAUAAGCGUGCUGUGCUGCUAGCCGUGUUGCAGCCGCUGCGUUCACCUGGCGCCAGUAUCAAUCGCCGAGACCUUCGCAAGCUUGUGGGCCGUCUUUGCUGGUUCACAGCGGGGCUCCGCUGGUUGCGGCCCUGGCUGGCUAUGUGGUUCCACGCGCUAGCAAAGCCCAAGUUGCGCCUGCAGUGCCUUGACCGUGAGCAGAUCGAGGAGGUGGCUGGCGCGCUAGAUGACACCAUGCUUGUGUCCUGGCCGUGUGCCACAUCUGAUGUCCAGGCGGGCUGGCGUGUGCUUGAAGCGUCCAAUCGAGCGGUGGAUUGCAGACGAGAUCUCCUAACGGCCAGAUUGCGUAAUGGCAGAGUGUGGGUUAAGUUCUCUGAGGCCUCGGACUCGGGGACGGUGGUGUUGAGCUCGGAUGAGGCCCGUGUAGCUUCGUUCUUCCUCGACGUGGUGAAGGCCAAUGUGCCAGUCCAACUAGCCACUACGGCCGGAAUUUCGGGCGCGGCAGCAGCGGAUGCGUUCGCUGAGGGUGACCAGGCUGGAUUAGGCGGGUGGUGGAUUGAGCCGGGCGAGCACAUUCAUCCACGCAAUAUCCGUUAUUUUGCCAUAUCUCUUCGGCUGCGUGACCUGCCAGCGUGGUUCCUCAAGCCAUUAGAGAAGGGAGACCGCAACUUGCAGCCACUAAUUGCUGCGUUUGAAGCUCUGGCCCAGCUUGUCCUCUUGGAGUGUCGGUGCUUGUCUUUGCCCCGAACAGGCGACGUUGGCUGGCUGGCGAUGCGACAAGAAUGCGAUAAUAUGGGCGUCGUUGGGGCCUCUGCAAAAGGAAUGUCCCUCAAGGAGCCUCUCGCGUCCGUGCUGCAAUCGGCAGGGCUAUUUUGUGCUGAGCACGGCUUGGAUCUGCGUAUUACACAUGUCGCCGGAGUGCGGAACAAGUGGGCGGACGCCUUGUCGCGUGGCUAUGCGGUCGACGCUGAAUUUUGGGACAUGCUGGAUGAGCGCCGCAGGGUGCGCCCCGAUUGGAGGCGGCUUUUGGAGCUGGGCCGAUGCCCGGUCAUGCCCCGUGGCUUGUGA